AUGGAGUUAAUAAAACCACGAACAUUCGAAGUCUUCGCUGGCAACAUAGUGAAUUUAGCGGUAUAUAUCGAAGCGCAAUGUCCGGAUACUUCGCGCUUUGUCCACCGACAACUUCUACCAACAUGGCAAGAAUUGUCCGUAACAAAUAGGAUUUCACUUAAAAUUGUGCCUUUCGGCAAGGGGACGUGUCACCGAGUUGGCAGUGACUAUAGUUGUGAAUGUCAACAUGGACCGCUAGAAUGCGAAUUGAAUCAGCUUAUGAACUGCGUGAUUGAAAUGAUUAGGAUUCCACGUCAGUAUGUCCCAGUAAUAUCCUGUAUCCAAGGAAAGCAUGAUCUUCGUUCAGCUGAAUCAAAAUGUUUAUCCAAACUUCUUGUACCCAAUAAAAGCAUCCUACGAUGUGCUGAAGGAAAAGAAGGAAGAAGACUUCUGGCAAAAGCAGGUGCAGAAACAAAACAUUUGCAACCACCGCUGAAUUUCGUCCCUUGGAUUUUGAUUAAUGGCAAUCGUUCGAGUGAUGCAUUUUACGAUCUGAAAACGAAUCUUUGUAAUGCGCUAAAUCCCGUACCGGACCAGUGUAAGGAGCAGCAAUAA